UCAAAAUAACAGGGUCGUUCAAUGUAAUCUGUCAUUCGUUUCGCUCUUUCAUGAUCAAAAUCCACUCGCGCCACCUAACCUUUCAAACUCAGUUCCAUCCAUCAUAUCGCGAUCCUAUACAAAAUCUAUUGUUUUCUUUUUCCUUUUUUCUUUUUUUCAUUCUGCCUUCGGUCCCAACAACUUGCGGAUAAUGUUUUCCUAUUUCAUUCUACAUCUUAGGAUGUGAUAAUCAAAUAACCAACAAAGCAGUGAUGUGUUUAAAAAUGAUGAAGGGAACAUACAUUUCUCUUCUCAAAAGCUGCAAAUCCAUGUCCCAAUUGAAGCAAAUUCAGGCCCACAUAUUCAGUGUUGGCCUUCAACAAGAUAGAGACACACUUAACAAGCUCAUGGCCUUUGCCAUGGACUCAUCACUGGGGGAUUUUAACUAUGCAAACAGAAUCUUCAAAUACAUUCAUACCCCCUCUUUGUUUAUCUGUAACCUCAUGAUCAAGGCCUUUGUGAAAAGGGGUAGUUUUAGGAGUGCCCUUUCUCUGUUUCAGCAACUUAGGGAGCAUGGCGUGUGGCCUGAUAACUACACCUACCCUUAUGUCUUGAAGGGUAUUGGUUGCAUUGGGGAGGUUGGGGAAGGAAAAAAGGUUCAUGCUUUUGUGGUUAAGACUGGCCUUGAGUUUGACGCUUAUGUGGGUAACUCGUUGAUGGACAUGUAUGCAGAGUUGGGCCUGGUUGACGGCUUCACGCAGGUGUUUGAGGAAAUGCCUGAGAGGGAUACGGUUUCUUGGAACAUCAUGAUUUCGGGUUAUGUCAGGUGCAAGAAGUUCCAGGAGGCAGUGGAUGUUUACCGGCGAAUGAGAAAGGAGAGCAAUGAAAAGCCUAAUGAAGCCACGGUUGUGAGCAGUCUGUCCGCGUGUACGGUGUUGAGAAAUUUGGAGCUUGGUAAGGAAAUUCACUAUUACAUUGUGAAUGAACUGGAUUUUACUACUAUAAUGGGGAAUGCUUUGUUAGACAUGUAUUGUAAGUGUGGGCAUGUGAGCGUGGCCCAGCAGAUUUUCGAUGCAAUGACCGUUAAGAAUGUGAAUUGUUGGACCAGCAUGGUAAACGGGUAUGUGACCUGUGGUUUGUUGGAUCAAGCUCGAGAUUAUUUUGAGAGGAGUCCAAGUAGGGAUAUUGUUCUUUGGACAGCUAUGAUUAAUGGGUAUGUGCAGUUUAAUCGUUUUGAAGAGGCAAUUGCAUUGUUUGGGGAGAUGCAGAUGAGAGGUGUGAGACCGGAUAACUUCAUUGUGGUUACUCUUCUUACGGGUUGUGCUGAAUCGGGAGCUCUAGAGCAAGGCAAGUGGAUUCAUAAUUACAUAGAUGAAAACAGAAUCCUAGUGGAUGUUGUUGUUGGUACUGCCCUUAUUGAAAUGUAUGCUAAAUGCGGUUGCAUAGAUAUAGCUUUGGAGAUUUUUUAUGGAUUGAAGGAAAAGGACACUGCCUCGUGGACUGCAAUUAUAUGUGGGCUGGCCAUGAAUGGUAAAACAAGUAAAGCACUUGAGUUAUUUGAAGCAAUGCAAGUGUGUGGGUUUAAACCUGAUGAUGUUACCUUCAUUGCUGUUUUAAGUGCUUGUACUCAUGCAGGACUGGUUGAAGAAGGCAGAAAGUUAUUUCAUUCCAUGUCAAGUGUGUAUCACAUUGAGCCAAAUUUAGAGCACUAUGGGUGUUUCAUUGACCUUCUUGGUCGAGCCGGACUGUUACAAGAGGCAGAAGAGUUGGUAAGGAUGUUACCAGAUGAAAACAAAGAAAUAAUAGUUCCACUCUAUGGAGCUUUGCUAAGUGCCUGCAGAACUUAUAGUAAUAUUGAUAUGGGUGAAAGGCUUGCUACAGCACUAGCGAAAGUUAAAUCAAGCGAUUCAACUCCUCACACACUUCUUGCUAGCAUUUAUGCUUCUGCUGACAGAUGGGAAGAUGUGAGAAAGGUGAGAAGUAAGAUGAAAGAUAUGGGAAUCAAAAAGGUACCAGGAUAUAGUGCCAUUGAGGUGGAUGGAAUGUGGCAACAGAGGUUGAGUCAUGAGUAAGGCCCUUUCCCAUAUCUGGAUCAAAAUUGGUUUUGCUAAAGUAGAUAGGUAGUCAACAAUUGAUUUACAAUCUUUUAGUUUGAAUCAUGAUUUCUUAACUGGUAAAAGCAAGAUGGAAGUUUCACAUUCAAAUGUUUUAUUUUUACCAUGGAACUCUUCAGUUCAACGAAUUUUGCUUACAAUCCCAGAAUACACAAUGUUUCAUGAUUAUGGACUAUGGAGGAAAAUGAAUGGCUACUAUCUUUUUGGCUGGAUGAAGAACUAAAACGAAUGACUUCCUGUCUUACUCGUAAGAGAAUCUGAUGGAGAAGGCAAAAGUGGUGGGUUUGAACAUCGGUUGCUAUUGAUUUACAUUUCACUCUUCUUGCUUGGAGUAAGACUAUGUCCUAAUGUUAGCUUGUAUACUCGGCAAUACCAUCCUCAGUUCCACAUUGGCAUUGUAACACAGGUCUCUCUUCUUUAUAUGAUUCAGAAUUACGGAUUAUUUCAACAGCGCCAAGUAUCUUUUCUUCAUCCUCUGUUCUCUAACGGGUUGGCGUAAUUCAGCCUAACUUCAUGGAUCUAAAUAAAAGGCCAAAGACCAAAUGUAGUUGUAAUUAAAA